ACUUUUAAGAGGCCACACAUGUUUUAUUGUUCUGGCAUGCUGUUAGUUUGUUUUUUGUGUGGCCUAAAUUAGCUACAUUUGUAUUAUAUCGGAAGGAAGUCGUGUUUUGGUUUCUGGUUUUAUUGUUAAGUUACCCAGCAGCGCUGGUGCCGUCAUGGUGGUGUUUCCAAGUUCCCUGACGGAGGAAGAGGAGGCCCUGCAAAAGAAAUAUGCGAAACUUAAGAAAAAGAAAAAGGCGCUGCUUGCCUUGAAGAAGCAGAGUUCAACCAACCAGACAAACCAGAGUGGUUUGAAACGGACUUUGUCGGACCAGCCUGUUGUUGACACUGCAACGGCAACAGAGCAAGCAAAGAUGCUGAUCAAGUCAGGUGCCAUCAGUGCCAUCAAAUCGGAGAACAAGAACUCUGGCUUUAAACGCUCUCGAAUGCUGGAAAUCAAACUCAAGGACCCUGAGAAAGGCCCAGUUCCUGCUUUCUUACCUUUCCAAAGGAGUUUCUCUACAGAGGAAGAACAACCUGAGUCUGGGAAGAGAUCCCACAGGAAAUCUCUUUAUGAGAGCUUCGUCACUUCAAGCAACCGUUACCGGGAUGAGGAUGACGGAGGCGGCAUGUCAUCAACCCGUGAAAUGGACAGAGAGCGAGACCGCGACCGAGAGCCAGAUAGAGAGCGGGACAGAGAAAAAGACCGGGACCGGGAAAGGGAUAGAGACCGAGGCAGGGACAGAGACCGGGAACGAGACAGAGAAAGAGAUCGAAGCAGAGACAGGGAUCGAGAGCGCGACAGGGAACGUGACAGAGAAAGAGAUGGACCGUUCAGACGGUCAGAUUCAUACCCAGAGCGGAGAGGGGUGCGAAAGGGGAAUACGGUGUAUGUUUAUGGCUCUGGGCUCGCAGAGGACAGCCUGCGCACUGCUUUUUCUCAACAUGGAAACAUCAUCGACCUCUCCAUGGAUAACCCACGCAAUUGCGCAUUUAUCACGUUUGAAAAGAUGGAGUCUGCAGACCAGGCUGUAGCUGAGUUGAAUGGAAGCACGGUUGGAGACAUUCACAUCAAAGUCAGCAUCGCCAGGAAGCAGCCCAUGCUGGAUGCUGCCACUGGCAAAUCUGUGUGGGCUUCACUGGCUGUGCAGAACAGCACCAAAGGCUCCUACAGGGACAAGAGGAACCAAGUCGUGUACAGUGAAGAUUUCCUGUGACGAAAACAAUUAUUAUGGUUUUUAUUUUGGCAUGUAGCUUUUCCUGUUUUUGUAUUAAUGACCUGUUAGACAGCUGCUUAAAGUGUCUGUCCUGCGGGAUAAAGACAAAAUUAUCUGUUGUCUUUUGGAUCAGAUCGCUUACAAUCACAUGGUUGACAUGUGAUGCUGUGUGUGGCAGUUUUGCUCAUGAAACUAGAGAUACGGUUUUGUGGAGGUCAAUAAAUAGUAUUCACACAUUGUUA